AUGGGAUAACCAUUCGCGUACGUCGGUUGUAUGGGUGGGAUCCUCUGCGGCACGCCAUUCUGGUGCUGCUAGUGGAAUAGACAAAAAAAGGGCCGACGGUGUUUGCUCGUGGCAGGCCACACAGAGUGACAACCAGAGUGGUUGCCGCAAAAACAACCAAUCACACAAAAAGUGUUGUACCGGUGGAGGACAGCCAUUAAUCAGCAGGCCGGCUUCGCGGCCAAAAGAAACGGAGAAGAGGAAAAAGGGGGGCAAGCAAAGAAGAAACCACGGACGGAGCGAGCUCCGAGCGUCCUCAUCCUCCCGUCUAUAAAUUCCCUUCCUUUUCUUCCUCCAUAUAUAGGGGGCGCCAUCCAAGCCAAGAAGAGGGAAGAGCACCAAGGACUUCCCGGCGCCCGUUCAGGAUCCACAUCCUUCCCGAGCGAGUUCUUGGUUGACCUCUUCCUCUUCGACCACCUCCUAGGCUCUUGGUGUAGCUUGCCACUCUCACCAAUCAAGUUUUCAUGUCUGAUCUCGACGUUCAGAUCCCAACUGCCUUCGAUCCCUUUGCUGAGGCCAAUGCUGGGGACUCUGGUGCGGCAGCAGGAUCAAAGGACUACGUUCAUGUACGCAUCCAGCAGCGUAAUGGUCGCAAGAGUCUGACUACUGUCCAGGGAUUGAAGAAGGAGUUCAGCUACAGCAAGAUCCUCAAAGAUCUCAAGAAAGAGUUUUGCUGCAAUGGUACAGUGGUCCAGGACCCAGAACUUGGACAGGUCAUUCAACUCCAGGGUGAUCAGAGGAAGAACGUCUCUAAUUUCCUUGUCCAGGCCGGCAUUGUGAAGAAGGAACACAUCAAGAUUCAUGGUUUCUGAGCAACCGCCGGGUCCAUAGCAAGCCCUGCAUGCAAAGCAGCUAUAUAUCUGAGGUGGAGCAUAUCUAUCUGGCUGUGUACAAGCAGGCCUACUACUACGCCUGCGCGUUCUCCUAUACUACACAUAACACAUAGCCCCCUCCCUGCGUGUAUGCUUGUUACCGUUGUGUCGAAUCUUGUACGAGGCUCCAUCGAACUUCGAUGGCUCGCUUCUUUAUCAGAACAAGAUUGAAUAAACAAUAUUUGGUAUGCUGUGUGUCAGAA